CCGGCUCUCCGAGCACGGUCCCGGGAACCUGCGCAGACUGUGCAGGGCGGAGGGCCGCGGGAAGCGACUCGUAGCGCCUGCGCAGAUCGACUGCUUCUCUCGCGAGGACGGGCGCCAUUAUCGCAGCUCCCCGACAAACACCACGAGAAUUCCGCAGCCCACACGGUGGCAGAAUCCCAGUCCUGUGUGAGUUUGCUUCUUCCUCGGUGACUGGCCCCUCUCCUCUCGUUCUGGAUGAUGUCAGAACAGGAUCUGGCGGAUGUGGUGCAGAUUGCAGUAGAAGAUCUGAGUCCCCAUCACCCAGUUGUACUGGAGAAUCAUGUAGUGACAGACGAAGAUGAACCAUCUUUGAAACGCCAACGAUUAGAGAUCAAUUGCCAGGACCCCUCUAUAAAGUCAUUCCUGUAUUCCAUUAACCAGACAAUAUGCUUACGAAUGGAUAGCAUUGAAGCCAAGCUGCAAGCUCUUGAGGCUACUUGUAAUCAUUAGAAGAAACUACUGGAUCUGGUCACAAACAAGCAGCACAGUCCCAUCCAAGUUCCCAUGGUAGCAGGCUCCCCUCUCGGUGCGACGCAGACGUGCAACAAUAAACGCUGCGUCGUCCCCCAGACUACAGUAAUACUCAACAAUGAUCGGCAGAACGCCAUUGUAGCCAAGAUGGAAGACCCCUUGAGCAACAGGGCACCGGAUUCCCUGGAAAAUAUCAUUAGCAACGCGGUUCCCGGGCGUCGGCAGAACACCAUUGUGGUGAAGGUGCCGGGGCAAGAAGACAGCCACAACGAGGACGGGGAGAGCGGGUCCGAAGCCAGCGACUCCGUUUCCACCUGCGGACAGUCGGGAAGUCAGAACAUAGGGAACAACGUCACCCUCAUCACCCUCAACUCCGAAGAGGACUACCCAAACGGCACCUGGCUGGGUGACGAGAACAACCCCGAGAUGCGGGUGCGCUGCGCCAUCAUCCCUUCCGACAUGCUGCACAUCAGCACCAACUGCCGCACGGCCGAGAAGAUGGCGCUGACGCUGCUGGACUACCUCUUCCACCGCGAGGUGCAGGCCGUGUCCAACCUCUCGGGCCAGGGGAAGCAUGGCAAGAAGCAGCUUGAUCCCCUCACUAUCUACGGCCAUCCGGUCAGGUGUCACCUCUUCUAUAAAUUCGGAAUCACGGAAUCUGACUGGUACCGAAAACAGAGCAUCGACUCCAAAUGCCGGACAGCCUGGCGGCGGAAACAGCGAGGCCAGAGCCUGGCCGUCAAGAGCUUCUCCCGGAGAACGCCGUCCUCAUCUUCCUACAGCACAUCAGAGACCAUGAUGAGCACGCCACCGCCCGCCACGGAGAUACCGCAGCCCCAGCCUCAGGCCCUGCACUACGCCCUGGACGCCCAGCAGGUCCAGAUCCACCAGAUUGGAGAGGACGGGCAGGUCCAAGUAGGUCACCUCCACAUCACCCAGGUGCCUCAAGGGGAGCAGGUGCAGAUCACGCAGGACAGUGAGGGCAAUCUACAGAUACACCACGUGGGACAGGAUGGGCAGGUGCUGCAGGGGGCCCAGCUGAUAGCUGUGGCCUCUUCAGACCCUACUGCUGCAGGGGUGGAUGGAUCGCCUCUCCAGGGAAGCGACAUCCAGGUCCAGUACGUCCAGCUGGCACCAGUGGCUGACCACACUACGGCAGCUCAGACGGCUGAGGCACUGCAGCCCACCUUGCAGCCCGAAAUGCAGCUUGAGCACGGAGCCAUCCAGAUCCAGUGAUGCAGGACAGGCUGCCCGACCACGACAGGACCCAAGAUGGCGCUGUCGCCGCUCUCAGUGCCGGCCGCAGCCAACCUCUCAGUUCUACAGGCGCCCUGACCCCACGGCUUUGCACGGAGGUGACUGCACCUAUUCUGUUAAAGUGCAUCCUGAGCCUCGUCCACAGGGGAGAGUGUCCCGAUAAAUAAACAGAUGAUAGCAGCAACCGCCGCCCCUGGCAGAAGACCCCUUUCGUUUGAGUCACACUGUUGGUGUCUGGAGCAAGAGUGGGGAAGCACAGUGUGGAUUGCGUUAAGUACAUGCAGAAAAUCAAGAACCACAAUAUUUUUCUGUGUUUAAACAGCUUUUUUUAAUUUGCUAUGGUGUUUAUAACAAAAAAGAAAAUUGAAAAAAAAAUGGAGUAGCAGAAGCCUUUUGCUGUGUGCUCUGUUCAGUGUAAUGAAAAUAGGUAUUUGCAAAGACAACUAACGAUUUUGAUGGAAAUAUUGCUUACCUACUUUUCUAGGGGAAAUGCUCUCAACACUGUAAUUAAGCAUUUCUAAUGAAAUAAAAUGUAUUUAUGACCA